CUGUGAAGCAGUCUAACCACACAGCACCUCUCCAAAUUGCAUAAUCCACGUGCUGGUUCGUUCAGACUCGAUCAGUUCACAUUCGUCGAUCGACGCGAUCGGUUCGUUUUCUCUCCGCGGUGGUGCGCGAGCCCGUACAGUGUGCGUUGUGGGCCAGUCGGAUUGCUUUGCGGGCGUUUCUCGAUCGGAAGAUUUUAAUUCUAAAAUACCGAUUCGACCAGGAUAAUUUCGAUUUUCAUUUCCAAGUUUGUGUCAGUAGAUCAUCGAUCGGCGGUGCUAUCGGUCGGUGAUUAACGAGUGCACACCACAGCUGGAGGAGGUGAUUUUUGCUGUGGAAGUUGAAACGAAAAACAUCCGUGACGAGGAAGUCGCGAAAAUACGGCCUAGCUCCACAUCUACCUGCGAGCGAAAUUCGAAUGAAAAAUUGGUGAAAGUGUCUAUGAAGCGUGCGGUGUUCGUGGAGCGAUCGGGCAUGUGCGUGAAGUGUUGUUGUGAUUAAUGCUUGAUGUUGGUGCCUCGCAAAUAACUCCGAGAGCUUCGCACGGAAAACCCUGAUCUCACCCAACGGGACGGAUGGGGGGUGAUGGAUGAUGAACGAGAUUGGUUUGAAGUUUAAAUUACAAAUAAAGAAACAGAUCCGUAAUCAAGCGAUCAGCAACGAACAACAACGUACCGAGAAGCUGGUAGAAGAACUUUGUGUCCGAGACCCAUUCCAUCCACUUUCGCCAAGUCUGGACGAGUCCGGACGGUACGAACCAACACAGCAAUGGUAGUCUCCUUCGGUACUCUAAUUCCACUGUUGGCAGGGGCCGCACUGAAAGCGACACCAGCCGCUGCCGGACUGACAACGGCGGUCGGUGCAGCCAUCAGUGCCGCCACGGCCGUUAUCGGUGUCGGCAAGCUAGCGAUUGUACCGAUUCUGAUCGCAUCACUCGCGUACUAUAACUACGAUCUGUUCGAUCCGGAGAAUCGACCGUUCAAUGUGCCGGAGGUGGACCGAGAAUAUGAUUUCAUCGUGGUCGGCGCGGGUUCGGCCGGUGCCGUCGUUGCUUCGCGCCUUUCCGAGAUAGGCGGGUGGAAGGUGCUACUGCUUGAGGCGGGUGGCCACGAGACCGAGAUCUCGGACGUUCCCAUCCUGUCGCUUUAUCUGCACAAAAGCAAGCUGGAUUGGAAGUACAGAACUCAGCCACAGAAGACGGCAUGUCAAGCGAUGAAGGAUAACCGGUGUUGCUGGACGCGUGGCAAGGUACUCGGCGGCUCGUCCGUGCUCAACACGAUGCUGUACAUCCGUGGCAACAAGCGCGACUUUGACCUGUGGCGAGCGCUGGGCAAUCCCGGCUGGGGCUACGAGGACGUCCUGCCGUACUUCCGCAAGUCGGAAGACCAACGGAAUCCCUACCUGGCGCGCAAUAAGCGACAGCAUGGAACAGGAGGGCUGUUGCAAGUACAAGAUGCUCCAUAUUUGACACCGCUCGGUGUGUCAUUCCUGCAGGCCGGCGAAGAGAUGGGCUACGACAUAGUGGACGUUAAUGGCGAACAGCAGACCGGAUUUGCCUUCUUCCAGUUCACGAUGCGCCGUGGUACGCGUUGCAGCACGUCCAAAGCAUUCAUACGUCCGGUACGCAACCGUAAAAAUCUACACGUCGCCCUAUUCGCACACGUGACGCGUGUCUUGCUGGAUCCGGAAUCGAAGCGAGCGUUGGGCGUGGAGUUUAUACGGCACGGCAAAACACAGCAGGUGUUUGCAACGCGUGAGGUGAUCCUGUCGGCCGGAGCUAUCGGUACACCGCAUCUAAUGAUGCUGUCCGGCAUCGGGCCGCGGGAAAAUCUUGAGCGCGUUGGUGUGCCUGUUGUGCACGACCUGCCCGGUGUGGGACAAAAUCUGCAGGAUCAUAUCGCUGUCGGUGGGCUGGUGUUUCGAAUCGAUCAACCGAUCUCGGUUAUUAUGAACCGUUUGGUAAACCUUAAUUCGGCGCUCCGGUAUGCUGUCACGGAAGAUGGACCGCUGACGAGCAGUAUUGGGCUGGAGGCGGUAGGCUUUAUCAGCACGAAGUACGCGAACCAAUCGGAUGAUUGGCCGGACAUUGAGUUCAUGUUGACGAGCGCAUCGACACCAUCGGACGGUGGUGAUCAGGUGAAGAAGGCGCACGGACUUAAGGACGAAUUCUACGAGGACAUGUUUAGCUCCAUCAACAAUCAGGAUGUGUUUGGCGUCUUUCCAAUGAUGUUGCGUCCUAAGAGCAGGGGUUUCAUUCGCUUGCAGUCCCGCAAUCCUCUGCGAUACCCGCUGCUCUACCACAACUAUCUCACCCAUCCGGAUGAUGUUGGCGUGUUGCGCGAAGGAGUAAAGGCUGCGAUAGCGUUCGGCGAAACGCAGGCCAUGAAACGGUUCGGUGCCCGGUUCCACAGCAAACAGGUGCCAAACUGUCGACAUUUGCCGGAGUUUACUGACGAGUACUGGGACUGUGCCAUCCGGCAGUACACGAUGACGAUAUACCACAUGUCCGGUACGGCAAAGAUGGGACCACCGGACGAUCCGUGGGCGGUCGUCGAUCCAAAGCUGCGCGUUUACGGCAUCAAGGGACUGCGAGUGAUCGACGCAAGCAUCAUGCCACGCAUCACGAGCGGUAACAUCAACGCGCCCGUUAUCAUGAUCGGUGAGAAGGGUGCCGAUCUGAUCAAGGAACUUUGGCUCAAGAAGGGAUAUUCACGGCGAGGAAAGCGGCAACAGUUUGCGAACGAAACGUUAAACGCUGCGACCAACGAAACGGAAUCGAUUGAGUCAGUCAAUGCAACCAUCACUAGCACCGCGGAACCCUGUACUAACGAAACUGUUGUUAGCUAAAGCAGUAAAAAGGGCGUCGCUACCCGAUGUGAGCGGUAGAUAAUGGUCGAUAGUCCUGAAUUCUAAUGCCAAAUUUUUAUACUCAAACUUCAAAGCGAAAAAACGUCUCCGGGGAGGUGGAGACGCAAGGGUGGAAGAGAGACGCUAGUUCACGCUGUAAAUACCAUUGCUUCCUGUACCGUAAGGAUUAUUCUAAGCAAAGGUGAUUGUAGUUAGGCACGGCAGUUUGACCAUAGGCUAAGUCGCACGGCACGAAUCAGCUGAGGCUGUGCAUAUACAAACCAAUGCAAACUGACUGACUGAACGUAUGUAAGUAGGAAUAACAACUUGUAAUAAAUUUUAGUCCGUUGUUGAUUUUGUACUUACGCCGCAAUCGCGCGUAUCCUACAUUGAGCGAAAUAAAAACUUCUCAAAUUUAUUUAAAAACCUUAA